AUGGCCUCCAUCGUGCACCAGUAUGAAGCCGCCCAGCUCGAGCCAGCGUCCGAAUGGAGGCUGUCUGGGACCAGCCUCGUGCGCCGUCUUCGCGGCGUCGAGCUGUUGCUGAAGGCGUCGGAGCAGUUCAACGAUGGGAACUACCAAUUGACUAUGAAAACAACGCUGGAAACCCCCCUAUCCUGCGAGCAGCUCAGAAGACGCCACCAAGCAGCCUGGUGGCGCACUCGACGCGCUCUCCCGGUUGUUGGCGUGGGCUAUCCAACCCUCGACCAGGCUACGAUCGAGCUGCAUCAGACUGCCGACGAUGCCAAACAAUGGGCAGCGCAGACGUGCCUGGUGGCAGACAACACGACUGUCUCGGACGUGUAUCUCGCCCGCUCGCGCACGCAAACGGAUGCCCUAACCACCAUGACGCUGGUCGUCGACCCCAUCCGCGGCCCUCGAGGCUACGUGCUCAACAUGUCGCACACCCUCAUGAGCCUGGACAUCUUCAAGAUCAUCCAGGAGUUCAUGUUCCAGCUGGCCCGCCCUGAAAACGAGCUGGGCAUCGACGCCAUCUUCUCGCGAGAGACCACAUCCAAAACCACCUCCCGCCUGCCUCAGUCCCUCAGCCAUGCAUACGCGCUUCGCCACCAGCCUACACCACACGACCUGCAAGAAGCCUUUGCCCUGCAUCAACGCUCGCAGGAACGCUGGUCCCGGUCGACCGUUGGCAUCCCCCUGCACCCAGACCACCAGCACCGGCCAAACCGCAUCCACAACAAGACCAUCACCUUCGAGCCGUCCGAGGCAAAGACGGCCUUCAGAUUCCUCAAACAGUCCGGUGUCUCCCUCACAGCGGCCUUCUUCGCGUGCAUGACGUCCGGCAUCGCACACUCGUUCCCUUCUACAAACGCCUCCCCCGAGGGCGCCCACCUCCUCUUCUCCGCCAACGGCCGCCGCUACGUCCCCGUCUCAGCAUCCAACGGCCAGGGCCCUAUCACGAUGCCCAUCCUCCCAGCAAGCAUGUGGGUGGACGAGAAAGACGUGAAUCUGCGCCCCACCUCCCCGCAGGGUCUCCUCCGCCUGGCACGCGUCAUCGACGAAGCUCAGAACCAGGACCUUGCCUCGCCGCACAUCAUCGCCGUCUGGGACCAGAUGGGGCCUGCGCUGGCUAAGGCUCUCGAAGACGCAUACAACCUCCCUGGAGGCCCUCCGCCACCGCCGUCCGUCGGACGACCAACGCUGACCUCGCAGGGCCAGUUUAACUGCGACCUGCAUAAGCGGACGACAGAUACUGGUGCAGGGACAGCAGGCACAGACCGCAUCCGCAUGACAGACUUUAACACGGGCGGACGCUCGACGGAUCCCAGCGUGUGCUUUGCGCUGAAUAGCUUCCGCGACGAGCUGCGGUUCAACCUCCUCUUUGAUGAGAAGUUCUUUGACCAGCACGAUGUCAUGCACAUGGCUUAUGUUGUUGCGCGCCUGUUCCGCCGGCUGGUUGGCCUGGAGCCGGUGGCUGUUGCUCGACUAUAA